AUGGCCGACCAGGAAGUGGACUUGGACUCCAUUAUCGACCGGCUGCUGGAGGUGAGGGGCAGUCGGCCGGGCAAGCAGGUUCAGCUGCUCGAGUCGGAGAUUCGUUUCCUCUGCACCAAGGCCCGUGAGAUUUUCAUCUCUCAGCCUAUUCUCCUGGAGCUUGAAGCUCCCAUCAAGAUUUGCGGUGAUAUCCACGGUCAAUACUACGAUCUUUUGCGCCUUUUCGAGUACGGUGGAUUCCCUCCGGAGGCCAACUAUCUGUUCCUCGGUGAUUACGUCGAUCGUGGCAAGCAGUCGCUCGAGACCAUCUGCCUCCUGCUCGCCUACAAGAUCAAAUACCCCGAGAACUUCUUCAUUCUGCGUGGUAACCACGAGUGCGCUUCUAUCAACCGUAUCUAUGGAUUCUACGACGAGUGCAAGCGCCGCUACAACAUCAAGUUGUGGAAGACUUUUACCGAUUGCUUCAACUGUCUGCCUAUUGCCGCCAUCAUUGAUGAAAAGAUUUUCACCAUGCACGGUGGUCUGAGCCCCGAUCUGAACUCGAUGGAGCAAAUCCGCCGUGUCAUGCGCCCCACCGAUAUUCCCGACUGCGGCCUUCUGUGCGAUCUCCUGUGGUCCGAUCCCGAUAAGGAUAUCACUGGCUGGAGCGAAAAUGACCGCGGUGUUUCGUUCACAUUCGGACCCGAUGUGGUUUCACGCUUCCUACAGAAACACGAUAUGGACUUGAUAUGUCGUGCGCAUCAAGUUGUUGAGGACGGUUACGAGUUCUUCUCCAAGCGCCAGUUGGUCACGCUAUUCAGCGCACCCAACUACUGUGGUGAAUUCGACAAUGCGGGUGCAAUGAUGAGUGUCGACGAAAGCCUGCUCUGCUCGUUCCAGAUCCUGAAACCAGCCGAAAAGAAACAAAAGUACGUUUACGGUAGCAUGAGCUCCGGCGGACCCAACACCCCACAGCGAAAGCAAAAGAAGAAAUAA